GCCGUAUUUUUGGAAACCCGUGUAUUCAUCAGCAGUAUCAGUCGUACAGUCAGAACGUGCCUUCCUUCAGCAACCUCAUCAAGAAGGCAUUUCCAGCAGUUAUAUGCAGUCAUAAAGAAGUAUCAGGUCAAGGUCGUAUCUAUUUGCAAAAAAAAGGAAUAUGGAUCUACUCGAAGUGUUGUGCGUAGACUUGGGACAAUUCUUUCCUUAGAACCCUACCCAAGACCUUAUUUUCAGGUUGUUCAAGACCCAAGUCCAUUGGGUAAUGACGAACAAAGCAUAGCUCCAGCUCCUGUAGCUCCAUCACUUGCUGAUAUCCUGUGGGUGGCAAAUGAUGAAGGACAAGCAUUUACUAGACUUAGGACUGAAUUGUGGAGAAAAAGUACAGCUUAUGACUUGCAUCCAUCUGUAGAUUCAAUAAAAAUUGUUCCAAAAAACAGUACGCAAAAAGACAGUGUUGUUGAUCAAGCAGCACUCCAGAAAAUUUCUGCGCUUGAAGAAGAGCUAACCUUUCUUCGUGCUCAGAUUGCUGCCAUUGUUUCAACACAGACAUUGGGAAGCAUUUCACCAAAAGUUUUUAAAAAGUUCAACCCUCCCGAUGGAUUUUACCCAGUGCCAGCCAUGACUUCUACACCAUUGUCCGUCUCUCACAAUCACUUUGUAAUUCCCUCACCUCCUCCACUUCCUUCUGGUGUACCAUCUGGUGUUGAUGCUAGGAAUUCAGCAGUUGAACUUGUAAAACAACGUCGUGCUGCAAGAAACAGUGAUUCAGCUGCAGCUGGUAGUGCUGAUCACCAGAGGACAAAGAACAUUCCUAGUAUGAUGGAUGUUUUGAAAGACCUAAACAAAGUUCAGUUGCGAGCUAUUGAGAGGUCACCUGGAGGUACUCCUCUUUCUAGACCCAGAAAGAAGCAAAGUUCAGAUUGGGAUCCAGUUGCUCUACUAACUCAUGCACUAAAGCAGAAAUUUGCACAUAAAAAUGAAGAUGAUGAUUCCCUGGACAAAGAAAAUCGAUCUUUUGAUAGCUCCUCAUUUUCUAGUCCAGAGAUCCCACUGGUUGGACGUUGCAGUCCGAAGUCAAAUGCAAAAUCUAGCCUUAUAAGAACUGAUGAAGUUAAACAGGCAUCAACAUGUAAAGUGAGAGCUCAUAUUUAA